GUGGAAGAGCACCAGAGCAGGGCUGGGCUGUGGCUGUGGGUGCGAUGGGGCAGGGCACUGGUGCAGCCGGUUCCCAGCAAGGGAUUGAACCAGUUUAGAUGAGGAGAGACAGGCACCUCCUGCCCUGGGAGCUCAGCCCUGUGCUGGGAGCUUGGGGGUUAGUUCUAGUUAUAACCUAAAGUUAAUGGUUAGAUUUCUGCUUGUUGGGAUCUUUUUCCCAUUUUGCAGUUAAAGGGUAGCAAAAAUGCUCAUACCCCACCUAACUCCCCUGUCCCCUUGCAAAGCAGAGUGGGUGCAAGCCAUGGGCAGUCAGUGGGUUCAGUGCUGGCUUUAAAGCUGAGUUAAUAAUUCCAACAGGAGCCUCAGAAAACCCACUAGUGUGAGCAGAGCAGUGGGAUGAGCUCCAAACCCUGCAGCUGAAGCGCCUCUGUGGGUUGUGGUGUGUGCAGGUUUGUCCUGUAGGUAGGAUGUUAUAUAUGUGGGUUAUAGAGAGCCUUGUAGUUCGGGUUAUUUCGCCUCUUAAAAUACCACUUGCUAUUUCUCUGCUGCUUUUCCCCUGCCCCAGACACCUUCCAGACCAUUGCAAGAAAGGAAAAGAUGGGGAUGUCUGCUGCGAUUCCCAGUGAUGCCGAUGGUGCCUUUGCAGAGCUUCUUUGGGAUCCUGAAGGUUUGGGGGACUGGUGACCCUCUGGAUGGACCCUUCCUGCACCCCGCUUGCAACGCAGCAAACAGGAAACGUGUGAGCACCGGCAGUUGAGUGUAACCCAGAGCGGAAAGUGCCUUGAGUAAGAGCAAGUGAGCACAGGAGCAGCAUCCCCGCGGCCCCAAGCACCUCACUGCCCCGGGCACCCCGAAACUGAGCUUCCCUCUCGGCCAGAGGGAAAGUUCAAUCCCACUCCACCGUCUCCCGCCAAGGUCUCCAGCAAGGAGGAGCUGGCCAAGGGUCAACAACCAUCAGUUUCCCCUGGACAGGACCAACAGGGGCCCAUGGCUGAGCGCCGGGCGGGCACAAAGAGCAGGCGCUUGGGCUCCAGCCGGCGCAAGGGCUUCAGUGAGGCACCAGCAGCAGCCCCCAGCCCCGACAAGGAGCCACCAUGGGCAGCCGAAAUAGUGCAGAGGGUGCAGGACUUCCUCAGGGAGCAGGACAAGGACCAGGCGGGGUUCGUCACCCGCUCGGACAUACAGAAAUUGCAGGAGGAAGAUCUCCCAUGCAGCACAGAGGAGCUGGAGCUUGUCUUCGAUGGGCUAGAUGCUGCCGGCACCGGGCGGUUGAGAACUGAGGAAUUCACUUUUGGACUCUGGCAGUUCCUGAGCUCCCAGGAAGCUGCCAGGGGCCAUCGCCGGCGGAAAACAGCAUCCCGGAGGGUCCGCUUGGUCCUUCCCAGCCCGGCGCUGGAGGAGGUGGAUAGUGAGGAGCGGAGGCAGUUCGCUGCCUUUAUGGACCAGUUGGGCACGGACAACAUCUCCGAGGAAGAGGAGAUCUGGAAGCUCUGGGUGAAGCUCCGGCAGGAUGAACCCCAGCUCCUGGGCAACCUGGAGGACUUUGUGGCCAAGAUGAGGCACCGCAUCCAGGAAGUGAGGAACAAGAAGGAGGCUUUGGAGGAGACCCUGAGCAAGCGUGUGGCCGAGCAUGACAAGGAGGUGCAGCAGCUCUGCGGGGCUCUGGAGCAGCGGAUCCAGCAGGAGCAGCAGUGGCUGGAGCAGGAGAGCAUGGCCCGGAGCCACCAGCAUGCUGUGGAGCUCCAACAAAUGCUGGAUGCCAGCGAGAAGGAGGUGCAGCGCUUGGUCAGAGCACAGACAGAGCUGGAGACACGGUGCCACAGCCUCCGCAGCAUGCAGGAAGCUGCCAACACCGAAAACCAGCAGCUGAAGGAGAGCAACCGGGUGCUGGAGCAGCACCUUCAGCACCUCCACCAGCAGCUCCAGCAGACCCACGGGCGCCUGCAGGCAGUGAGGGCUGCGGUGGCCUGGGAACACAUGGAGGAGCCCAUGGGCAGAGCAGUGGCAGAGCUGCCCAGAGAGACACCAGUGUCCCCACAGAUAAGCCUGGAGAAGAGCGAGAAGUACCACUCCGAGAUGCGGGUCAGGAGGGGGUCCCAGAGUAGAGAGCCCAAAGCCAAGAGCACCCAUCAAGUGGUUUGGGAAAUGCUGCCAGCAGAAAUAAGCCUUUUGGGAGCCCCGCGGGGAGCGAGCUCUGCGGAAGAGAACCCCUUCCCAGAAUCUCUGAAAGAGGAACGCUUCUCUGACCAGAGCUCUUUGCUAAGAGAGAUGAAUGAUGCAAUAGCAGCUCUGAGCAAACAGCUGAAGCCACAGGCACCGGGUACAACCCCUGCAGCAGCAAACACUGCACAUCACCCCCAGGAUGAUGCUGAGCCCCAUAUGGGGCUGGAGGAAGCCACAGCACAUGGAACAACCCCCAGGGUGCUACAGGAGACCCUCUCUGGUCAUAUUGGUCACAAGCUGUUUGAAGGAGACAUGAAAGAAGGACCAGGCGCAGCUCCAGACGUGACACAGGCUGGUGCGUCCAUGGGAGCUGGGCACCACAGGGCUCAGGAGCCAGGGGCAGAGCAGGGAGAAAGCCUGGAGGAGGCACAGAGGAUGUUAUUCCUGCAAGGAAAGGGUGGUGGUGUGAAGGAGGUGAUGCUAAAGGUGGCAGAGCAGCCACAAGGAGCACUGGGAGAGAACAUGGAGGCAGGAGAGCAAGCGCUGAUGGAAGUGGAGGGAGCAAGAUGGAUGCAGGAAAAAACAAGUUGGGAAAAGGCACAGCUCCUGGGAGAAGCUGAGGAAGUGGCAUUAAGCCAGGGAGAAAACCUGGAGGCAGGUCUAGGGUCACCAGAGGCUGGGGAGGCAGGUCUGGUUGUGGGACAGUGCCUUGGCAUGGAGGAGCUUCACACAGCAGUGGCUCAGCCCCUGGGCACGGGGCUGGGAGAAGAGGCUCACCCACCACUGGGGCUCUCCAAGGAACUGGAAAUAAAUCCAGGAGAGCUCAAGGAGCCAGAGCAACCAUCCCAGGGUGAGGCACGAAUAGGAGCAGCCCAGGGGGACAGUGUCCUUCCCGAGGUGACUGUGGCUCCUGGCCCCAGGAUGCUGGAGGAAGAGCGUGUAAGUGCAGAGGUGAAGCUCCAGAGAGAGACCUUGGAUGCAGAGGUGCUGCCAGCCCAAGCUCAGCAUGGAGCUGGAAUUGAGGAAAGGGAGGUGGAAGUAACACAGGGUGAAUCUGCAAGGGAAGAUGCAGAGCAGGACAAGAAUGUUGGUGCAGAAGUGGCACUACCAGUGGUGCUGCCACCUGAUGAUGUGCAGGAAGGAGGAGCAGGAGCAGAUGUGCCACCGCUGGAGGCCCAGAGCAGCGAAGCCAACAUGCAGCUGCUGGCAGAGGUGGAGGCAGCUCUGCAGCCAUGGGUUGAGGUUGGCUCCUCGGGGACAGAACAGGGAGGGAGCAUGGCUCCAGAUGUGCAGCCACUGGAGAAGGGUGAUCAACCAGAGUUAGGGCUGGGGGAGGACAUGGGUGCUGCUGUGCUGCACAGUGAGGGUCCUUCCCCAGCAGAAAUGUCUAUGGGGAGCCCAGCCCCGCGUGGGCUCUUCCCAGUUAAGGCUCAGGCACUGGAAAUGGUGGAGGCAGAGGAUGCUUGGGCAGAUAUGCAGCUACAUAGGGGUUCCAGCCCAGAAACACCCCAGGGAGAGCAGGGUCACACAGUCGUACAUCUCAUGGAGGAGGAUGAGGAUGAUGCACAAGAGCAGGGUGAGCGUGAGCUGCCACAGGAGCCUGUGCUUGAUCCACAGGGAGCAGGAUUUGGGCAGGGAAAGGGGGCUGGUGCAGGUAUGCAGCCACGAGAGGAGGCUGAAAGCCUGGACAGGCUGGAGGACCAGAGCACUGAUGCAAGUGUGAAGGUGCUUGCAGAGAUGGAUGAGGUCAAAGUGACCCCAGGCAGGAACACUGAGGGAGAUCUGCAGCUCCUGAGUGAGAUCAGCUCACUGGAUACAGAGCAGAGAGGGAGCGUGGCUCCAGAUGUGCAACCCCUGGAUCAGGUGGAUAAAGCAGAGUUAGUGGCAUUGGAGGCAGAGAACUGGGUAGACAUGGAGCUGCGUGGGGGUCUCAGCCUAGAAGCUCCAUGGGGAGCAGAGGGUGGAACAGCUGCUCAGCUCAAGGAGGAGGAUGAGGAUGGUGCACAGGAGCAGGAUGAACAUGGGCUGCCACAGGAGCCUGUGCUUGAUCCGCAGGGAGCAGGAUUUGGGCAGGGAGAGGUGGCUGCUGCAGGCCUGAAGCCACGGGAGGAGGUUGAAAGCCUGGACAGGCUGGAGGACCAGAACAUUGGUGCAAAUGUGCAGGCACUUGCAGAGAUGAAGAAACUCAAAUUGACCCCAGGAGGGAGCGCAGAGGCAGAUCUGCAGCUCCUGAGUGAGGUCAGCUCCCUGGAUACAGAGCAGGGAGGGAAUGCCGAUCCAGAUGCGCAACCUCUGGAUCAGGUCAAUAAAGCAGAGUUAGUGGAAAUGGAGGCAGAGGAUUCCACAGCAAACAUAGAGCUGCAUGAGGGCCCCAAACUUGAAACCCUCCAGGGAGGGGAACACCAUGCAGCCUUGCAACUUGUGGAGAAGGAUGAGGAUGGGGAAGAAGGGCAGGGUGAGUGUGGGCUGUCACACGAGCCUGUGCUUCCCUCCCACGGAGUGGCCAUCAGGCAGGGAGAGGGGGCUGCUGCAGGCGUGCAGCCACGGGUGGAGGCUGAAAGACUGGACAGGCUGGAGGACCAGAGCACUGGUGCAAGUGUGCAGAUGCUUGCAGAGAUGGAUGAGGCCAAAGUGACCCCAGGAGGGAACACUGAAGGAGAUCUGCAGCUCUUGACUGAGGUCAGCUCCCCAGGGAGAGAGCGUGGAGGGAGCGUGGUUCCAGAUGUGCCAAAUGUGCAAACCCUGGAUCAGGUCGAUAAAGCAGAGUUAGUGGAAAUGGAGGCAGAGGACUGGGCAGACAUGGAGCUGCAUGGGGGUCCCAGCCCAGAAACGCCCCAGGAAGAGGGGGACCAUGCAGUCCUACAUCACCUAGAGGAGGAUGAGGAUGGUGCACAAGAGCAGGGUGAGAGUGGGCUGGCACAGGAACCUGUGUUUCACCCACAUGGGGUGAGGCAGGGAGAGGGGACUGGUGCAGGUGUGCAGCCCCACGCAGAGGCUGUAAUCCUGGACACGCUGGAGGCUCAGAGCACUCAUGCAAGCGUGCAGCCACCAACAGAGCCAGAGGAGCUCAGGUCAAGCUCAGGAGGGAGCGCAGAGGGAAAUGUGGGUGCAGCUGCGAUGCGGGAAGGGCAGCAGAGCCACACUCCCGGCUCAGAUGCAGCUCACACCGCAAAAGGGUGCAAGGGAGCAGCUGGUGCUCAUCUGUCCCCCCCAGCUGAGGCCACUUCACAUCCUGAGUGUGCCGCUGCUCCCAAGGCUCCUGGUGUGGAAGCAAAGCUGGGAGCACCCACUGGUCCUGAUGGGCAGAUCCUGGGGUAUACCCAGACACUGGAAUUACCACAGGGAGAGAGGGCUGCUGCAGAAGGGAGGCGUCUGGAUGGAGCUCAAGGUCUGGAAGUGGGGCAGGGAGAGAGGCUGGAGGCAGGGGAGAGGAGUUUAAUGGAAAGUCAGGGUCUAGGACUAAAGCAGGACCAUGAUGAUGAUGGUGCAUCUGCACCAGGCUCCCUAGUCUCCGAGGUGCCAUUGCAGAUCAGCACACUAAAGCUGGAAGCAAUGAUGCAGGAGGAUGUUCUCGUUCCAGAUGUGCGGCGGUUAGGUGCUUCAGGACAGGCAGCCCAAAGCGAGCUCCAGGAGCAGGUCUCAGCACAGGCAGAGAAGCCACAACACGUGAUGGAAACAGAGAAGGUAGCUGCUGGACCUGCUGAGCUUCCAAAGCAAGAGGUGGCACCAGCAUCACUCCUUCAUACAAGGGUCCUACAGGAGGAAGAUGCUGGGAACGAUCCAUUGGGGAUGGUCCUUGGAGGCAGCUCACUGGGGGAUGCAGCCAGCAUGCAGCCUCAAAAGCAGCUCUUGGGAGAACAAAGCAAAGACCUCGAAGUUGGUCAAUGGAAGAAGCAGCAAGAGGUUGGAAGGAAAAUGAGCCAGGAAGGGGAGCCAAUUCCGGGAGAGCCAAGGACUAUCACUGCAGGUGGGGCAGGAGCUGUCCCAAGGGGUUCUUCUAAAGCCUCCCUGGACCCAGACCACCUCUACAAUGUGCUGUUCGUUGGGGACUCCCAUGUGGGCAAAACAUCGUUCCUGUACCGGCUGCAUGCCGACACCUUCAACCCGCACCUCACUGCCACUGUAGGACUGGAUUAUCAGGUGAAAAACUUCGUCGUGGACAACAAGCGCUUUGCUCUCCGCCUGUGGGAUUCAGCUGGUCAAGAAAGGUACCACAGCAUCACCAAGCAGUUCUUCCGGAAGGCGGAUGGGGUUGUGCUGAUGUACGAUAUCACAUCAGAGUAUUCCUUCCUGGACGUGCAGUACUGGCUGAGCUGUAUCCAGGAAGGAGCAGAAGACAGAGUGACUAUUCUGCUUCUUGGGAACAAAACUGACUGUGCUGCAGAGAGACAGGUCCCUACAGAGCAGGGGGAACGCCUGGCCAAGGAGCAUCAGCUCAUGUUUUACGAAUGCAGUGCUGCCUCGGGCCACAAUGUCUCCGAGUCCAUGGUCAGCUUGAUCAGGUUGCUCAAAGUUAAUGAGGAUAAACUGAAAAAUAAGGCAGAAGAGGUACCAAAGCUACCCCAGAAGAAAAAGGGCUGCUGCUGGUGAUGGAGAGAUCCCCCCACUCUGGUCUGAAACUGCGGUGACAGACAGAAAAGCAUAAAAAUAGCCUUCAGACACCAUCUCUGCUCCCUGUGUGUCUGCCUGGCCUGAUCUGCCUCGGAUGCUGAAAGCAAAAGUCGCUGUGGGGGAGAGGCUGUCACCCAGCCCCUUCCCUGCUCAUCUCCUGCCACCAUCCCAGAGGACACGAGCCCUCCUAAAUACUUGUUGGGAAACUUUAUCACUUUCUUUUGGAGACAAAAAAUGGGCUAUGGAAACAGGCAGUAUAGGAAAUUAGCUGGAUCCAAGAUGCUGGAAUGAUAUUGGAAGCAGCAGGGAGCAAAACCAAGUCUUGGGAUGAAAGACAUGACUACCAGGAGUCACCAAAGGCUGGUGUGCAAAGCAGGGGGUUUAGGGCUGUCGGUGCUGCUGUGUGGUGGUGACUUUUGCUCUGGCUUUGCAAUCUAGAACAAUGAAAUAUGCAAUAUAUCCUAAAGGCACUUGUAAGCCUGCAGUUAGGCAAGGUAAAGUUAGUUUUUCUCUUUCCCGGUUUAUUGUGCCAGUGAACAGUAAUGGGUCUUGACAGAAGACUGCUACAAACUGCUCAAAACAAAUGUAAAACCUCCAAGAACACAUCCAGGAUAAUAGAAAGAGCGUUGGGGUGGUGGGAUGUAUGAGCAGGUAAAUGCUUGCAGGAGCUCUUUUCAUUGCAUUGCCCCUAGAGCAGAUUUUUGCACUAUUGCAGAUCUCAGGGUGGGGAGGGCAGAGCAAGCUGCUGCACCCUGCCCCUCUGCGCUGAGGUGGCUUCUGUAUGAAGUACUGAAUUGGUGUGAAAAAACAGUUUGAAAAGCCUAAACAAGCACAUUUCAAGGGGGUUUUGAUUAUUUUUCUUUCUACAGCUUGAUACAGCGAACUAUAUUUUUGCAGAGAAAGACAUACAGACUAAAUAAAUAAAAUUACAAUUGUUAUAUUUUAGUGUUUUUCUAUGUUACAUGCGUUGCCUUGUCCUCCAGCAAGGAGAGGUAUUUAGAGACUGUGCUUACAUGCAGAUUUGGGAGAAAUAGUUCUGCUCAGAUGGGUUUGCCUUUUGUUGCCAUUAUUAUUUAUAUUAUGGCAAAGCAGAAUAGCAGCCAGUUUCUGCUUUAUAACAAUACAGUGACAACAAGAGUUGGUUUCCUAAUAACACUAUAUGUUAAAGAAAAGAAUAUCAUUCUAUAUGUUUCUGACUCUGUUAUAGCUCAGCUUUCCCAGGAAACAAGGCUUAAGAGCUCCUGCUGCCCGUGUAUUUAUACCUGUUUUCUCUUUCCGUGUUUCAAACAGUUUUGGAGCUGGUUUUAUAAGUCCCUGGUGGGGAGCAAUUGCAAAGCUCUGAGAUGUUGUGACUUGUCUGAAUAAAGGCCUGAGUAACUGAGA